ACAUCCCUAAAAAGGAUUUAUUUAUAUCAUAGAUGAUUUAUAUUUAACAUUCGUGUUAUACUAUACCUUUGUUUUAAUCUCCGAGAAAUGUUAUAAACAAAAAAAAUGGGAAGAAAACCGAAUGCAACAUUUUUAAAGAAUGCACGCAUUCAAAAGGAACAACUGCAACUGUGUAAAAUCCAAAAAGAGUUAGAAAACAUACUGGGCAAAGUGAAUGAAGCCAUUAAUGAAUUGAAAGUAGAAGAAUUGCAAUUAAAAGCCGGCGCUGCAGCAGUUCUAAGUGAAAACUACCGUUCAUCACCUCUAAACGGCAUUCAUACGACAGAACAACCAAGCACUAGUUCAUCUGCUAUUUUGUCAAUAACCCAGCUACCACCAAGAGCGGAUUAUAGCGAAGGCUACAGAAUACCAAGCGACAACGACGACAAUGCAUCUAUUGAUGCUGUUAUUAUUAAUAAUCAAAUUAUAGAUUUAAACAUGAAAGUGGGGAAAAACUCAAUGGAGGAGGAAGAAGACGAAAACGAAUAUAUGUGCUUAUGAAGUCGGUUACAUAGAGAAUACGUUGAUUCGAAAUUAUUAUUUAUUGAACUUUCAACUUUAUUAGAACUUAAAUUUAAAAUAAAUUUUUACUAUUAAUUUACAAUCUAUGUAUGUAUGUAUAUGUAUAUACAUAGUCACUAUUCAUCAAUAUGUAUUAUAUUUAACGAUAAAUGAGUAAACGAAAUUAGUUUUAUUUUUAUAAGUAUUUAUAUAUUCAUUUGCACCUCAUUUUAUGCAUAUGCAAAAUAUAUUAAUAAA